AUGAAGCUGCACGCUGUGAGUGCCGGUGUGGGCACCCUUGUGCAUUCUUUUCAAAAUCUGGCAUGGCAAAACGCGACUUCUCGGGCUGUGACUGUGCUCGUAGGAACGAAACUGUGUCUGGGUAUAGUCUAUCGUUCCACUACCGAUGACGUCGCCGAGUUUUCGCCCUUGACUCAACUCUUAUUGGUCGAGAUACUCAAACUUGGGGUGUCAUUCGCAUGGUGGACUCGCGAGCGACAAAACACAUCGCCCGGGGACCAGUAUGUAGGCCUAGAAAAUGGGGACGACCGACAGAGCCCUCGACUUUUUAGCCCAGGUCGGGAGGGCUCCAGGUCUGGAAGUCCGGUGAACUCUCAGCCAACGUAUUUAAGACUUUCUCUCCCGCCUAUUCCGACCUUGAUCCCUUUGGCUGGAAUAGUAUCACUCAACUGUGCUGUUGGUUUCGCUGGUGUCGAGGCACAAAGAUUCGCGGUCCCGGGUGCUAUCCAUAUGUUUAGCCUAUUCACGCCCCUCGUUUGCGUGCUUCUUUUACAACUAUUGUUCAGGCGACAUUACUCCGCCUCGACGUGGAACGGGCUGCUUUUCCAGUUGGCAGGGUUGGCAUUGAUCCAGUGUGGAACAGAUAUCAAUCAUAUGAAGCUGACGAGUACCCUCUUGCUUGUGGGGCGUGUAUACCUCCAAGCUGUUUUGCUGAGCUGGAUGGAUUUGGUAUUCAAAUGGGCAGAUCACCCUCUCAGCGCGCUCAACCUUAUUCUGUGGGGAUCUUCGAGUCUGUUAUACUUGGUAGCCUACGUGUUCAUUCAUUCCGAAAGUCUUUGGACGUUCAAUUUUUCGGUGUAUGGAUUUAUCGUCGCAAUGAUCACUGCGGUGGAGGUAGUGGCCAUGACAUUUGUCCUCAAACAUGGUGACGCGCUCACGGUUGGAGCCACUAGCUACUCGGUUUCGUCCAUUUUGGCAUUCUUUUCUGUCCUCUUCGGACACGCGAAUUAUAAGCUUUUAAUCCUGUUGGGUAUUUGCAUUGCCGCAUAUGGGCUUGGUAUCUUUGUUGUGGAACGCAUCUCUGCAGACCAAGAGGAACAGCCUAAAGAGAUGGAUGUUCAAUCCGAGGAAUCGCCAAUAAAAGCAGCAAUCGCACUUGGUAUCGGAAGUAUUGCCGUGAUCAUUGCAACAGUAGCCAUUUCGGCUCAGGGAACCGGCGUCGGUCUCCAAAGCCCACGACCUACGCCCUGGUUUGAUUUCACCGCCCUACCCCCUACUCAAUCGAAAGCGUGGUGUCCUCGCAAACCUUUACCAAAGUUGUCUGGUCGAAAAGAAACAAAGAAACGGGCUCGGGUGACGAGUGCUUUUGAUAACAUACUUUUAAUCGUGUUUUUCAGCCACCCGAGGUAUGAUGUGAAUCUGGAUUAUCAUCUUGAAAUGUACCAAGACUACUUCCCGAAUAUACUCUAUGUCGGUCCUCAGACGAGGGAGGAUGCUGGUCAUAAAGGGGUAUAUGACGUGCUCGUUGAUGGCUUCAAGAGUGACGAGGAUCUUAGUGGGGAUUGGUUCAAGAUGGCCGGUCGAAUGGCGCAUCAUAUGCUGUUUACAGCAAUGAAGCAGAACCCUUGCUACGAUGGCUAUCUCUGGGCACCAUUUGACACGUUCUUGAACGUCCCUCGGUUGAUUCAGUUUAAACAGGACACUAUCUGGUGGCACUCGCCAUUCCAGGAUAUUAUUACAUAUGUGGACAAUCCUGCACUUACCAAUAUCAGUCACCACGCGCCCCCUGGAACCAUCCAGCCUGGGUCUGCUAAAGACCUAAUUGCCAAAUUUAAACAUUGGGGAAAAGAUUGGUGGUGGGGUGAACCUAAUGUCGGCUUGAAGGCAUGUAUGCCUGCCUUUGAGACUGUCUCCGCCAAGAGGAGGGCGCAACUGGCGCAAUUAACCGACGGGGAGCUACGCAUGGUUGGUGGGUCAGCGGACACACUUUACCUUCCAGGUUACCUUCGAGAGGCCUUUCUCGAAACUAUGGACCCUUUCUUGGAUACCGACUGUUUUUUGGAGAUUGCCGUUCCUACAGCUGUUCAUCUUAUCAGACCUCCAAGCCAGAAGAUCUCGUUUGUAGACCAUUGGUGGAUUUGGGAAGAACCCUUGAACGCCACAUUUGUACGGAAUCAGUGGGCAGAUGGAUACGAAGUGGAUACUUUCCACAAGUAUCAGUUUGGAAAAAAGGAUGAGCAAGGCCAUUUCCAGGCGUCGCCAUUUAGGAUUACCUCCCAUUAUGCUCCCUCCGAUACUGAGGGUGGCCAGCACAUCAUUUCCCAUAUAACACACUUGGUUGAUUCUUAUUUCAUUUGGGUUGGGGGCACGGUUGAGAGGCUCGAUUCAUUGCAGGCACUCCCUCAAGCUGGAGGAAGUCUAUUAGCAGAUAAUGAAGUAAAUCAGCAAGACGGAGUGCUAGAAUCUAGAUCUGUUGAACUCCUGGUCGCCCAGGCGAUGCAAACAGGGUCUCUAGCCAAGGAUUUUUCUUGCGCUAUGCCGGGGACACAGGCGACCACACCCGCUCUUGGGGUGCCUAUCUUCCGUUCGAGAGAUUCAGAUGAGUCCUUGGCCUUGAGUCAGAGGCUAGCCCGAAGAUUCAAAAAGCAAAUAUUCUUAUCCAUCGAUAUCCCAGUAUUAAUGAAAACAUCUGGACAAACCUCCCAUUUCAUGUCUCAAGCUGAAAAGCAUCUUUUGAUCACCUUGAAAUCGUUCGAAGCUCAGUAG